AGUUCAGCGGCUCGCAUCAAGCGCAUCGCAGCCUUGUGGUGCAUCAGCUGCUCUCCUCAGCUCUCUCUCACACACACAGACCUGCGAGAAGCAGAAAAGAGGGAGAAAAUGGUGAAGAUCUCCUUCCAGCCCGUAUCGGUGCAGAAGCCUGAAAAGCAGAGAGAUGGAGGGAAAGAGGAAAUUAUCAUGUCUUACUCCCAGCCGGAUGAGUUGGUCCUCCCUCUCAGGCCUAAGAAGUCUUCAGUAAGUGGCCUCUGCUGUCUGAUCCCCGGCCUGGUGAUCUUCAUAUCCGGUCUGAUCAUGGUGUCAGUCUAUGUGUAUCGCUACUACUUCACCCCUCAGAUCCCUGAGGACAGCCUGUUCCACUGUCGGGUGAUGUAUGAAGACUCUCUGUACGCACCGUUGCUAGGGAGACAGGAGCUGCAAGAGAAUGUCGGCAUCUACUUGGAAGAAAACUACGAGCAGAUCAAUGUUCCUGUGCCCAACUUCGGAGGAAGCGAUCCAGCUGACAUCAUCCACGAUUUCCACCGGGGCCUCACAGCAUAUCACGACAUUGCGUUGGAUAAGUGCUAUGUUGCUGAGCUCAACAGCACCAUUGUCAUGCCUCCCAGGAACCUGUGGGAAUUACUUAUUAAUGUCAAGAGGGGGAUGUACCUGCCACAGACCUACAUGGCUCAGGAAGAGAUGAUGGUGACAGGCCGGGUGAAGAACAUGCGUCAGCUCGGCCCCUUUAUCCACCGCCUGUGUUACGGCAAAGAGACUUUCCGGCUGAAACGCCGCAACUCUCGCAGACGCAUCGACAAGCGAGAGACCAGGAAGUGUCACAGCAUCCGUCACUUUGAGAACACAUUUGUGAUGGAGACACUGAUCUGUGACCGGGCCUAAAACUUCAGCCUUGGAAUCUUCCCAACUCGACUGAGCAGAUCCUAAAACCUGUUCCUCUGCGUUUAGCUUUUAUUGCACUUUAUAGCACAUCUACUCUGUACAUACUGUGUAAGGCAUCAUGUUUUUUUUUUAUUUUAUUUUUUUUAUUAUUUUCCAAAUUUAGUUAGUUUGUGAUCAAUCAUAACUGUUUUUUUUCAGGAUCCUAAUGUCCCAGGUUGAAUAAUAACUGCCUUAGUGUUAAGUUUGGUGGCUAUUCUUGUUGUCUUGGUUAAACAUGUUGAUCUGUAUAUAUUGGUAUUUACAUAAAUGUAUAAUUUUUUUUCAUUGAAUAUGGAGGGGGGAUCUAAAUGUCAGACUGGUCUGAGAAAUGUCAGCACGUUGAAAUGAUUUAUCUGACAGUAUUGACAUCUUUUUAGUGUGAGACUGUGGCAUGCACUAUGCACUGACUUCAUUUCCUUUGGUUGUUUGUCUGUUUGUUGGUCUAUAGAAUGGAUAACCUGUUCUCUACUGUUUCCCUGUGUUAAAUAAGAAAUCCAGAUUUCGAAAAUUGUCUUAAUGCCAAAAAGUAUACCUCAUGUUUUAGAAAUGUAUGAGUUAAUUACUUGUUAUUUAAUUAAGACAUUCUUUUCAUUUUUUCCCAAAGUAACUUAAGCAAUAGAGUUUUCUUAUCUUGGAUUUCAUAUUUUAACACUGGACAUUUUCGUAAUGAGUUAAUAAACUUAUGUUUUUGUCCCUUUGUGACAUAUUUGUGAAUAAAGUUUAUAGAAAAAUUGACAUGACUCCCACAUAUGAAUUAAAUAGAUGUCUGCCUAGCUCUCUUUUG